UCACCCCAACAUAAAUUCUCAAACCAAACUCUCAUCUCCCAAACAUUUAUUUUCCAUUUAGACCCAAUAAUGCAGUCCAUGCUGAACCUCCAUGGCACUUUUGGCCUUCCUCUCUGCGUUUCAGGGAUAAACCAUCUUCAGCAUCCUCAUCUCACCCACGAGAUGGCGGAUCAUGAUCGGAGAAGGGAGGCCAUGAAGAAGCAGAGAUCGAGAGCCAGAGAGGAGCUGAAUGCGAAUCAGGAAAUGGGUAUUGAGAGGAUCAGAGAAAGAGUGGGUGAAGAGAUCACAGAUGAUGAUCUAGCUGCUCUACUGCAUGAUUUGUCGCUUUGUUAUUUAGCUAAUUCUAUUGCUAAAGCCGCUUAGCUUAGCUAAAUCAUUA